UUUAUUUGGCUGAUGCGCAGCGCGGGGGAGGAAAUUCAGCGUUGACGGAUUUAGUAAAGUGGUGUGUUUUGUAACCAAAUGUGCUCCCGUACACCCACCAGCAGCCCCGUCUCACAGCUGUCGGAGGCAGAUAUGAUGUAAUCCACCGCUCCGGUCCCAGCCGCAGAGAGGCAGAGCCGGACGAAGACGCGUCGUUUCGGGCGCAUCGCGGCUGCUUUCGAACGCAUUUGAGGCAUUUGACGGCGAUGCUGCCGCGGCGCCGGCGGGUUGCGCCUCGUUCUCCAUCCCGACGGGGAGGAUGCUGGAUGCGGGCCAGCGCUAGCGGCGGCCGGGGAUGCUGCCGCUGGUGAAGCGGGCUGCCCGUCAGCUGGAAUUGACCGCCGGGGCUCCGGAGUCGACGCGCCGCCGCCGCCGCCGCCGCCGCCGCUGCCGCCUCAUCCUCCGCGUGGGAACGGUCCGCACCGCGACGCCUGGCCUCCGCUGCCCCGCUUUGCAGGUUCCGACUCGUCCGGGCCCUCCCUGACGCCGAAGACGCCUCACUCCCGAACUGCUCCUUUGAGGGUCUUCGGUCGCUUCUAUUUUGCAAACACGCAUCGAUCUUCCCUUCCGGCGGGGGUUUUUGGAGCCGGGCCGAGUCCGCUGCUGCGGCACCGACGCGUUUGGCGUUUCCCCGGCGUUGAGUCGCUAUGAUCGCGCUGUGACUUCUCUCCGAGUGCGCUCGGCUUCGGACGCGGGGCCGCCGUUACGCGCAGAGCCGUGUGGCCCUGUGGCUUCAGCGGGGCGGGGACGGCUCAGGUUCGAACCAUGGCCAGUGAACCUGUCAUCCUAAACGUGUAUGACAUGUACUGGAUAAACGAAUACACUUCCACUCUGGGAAUUGGAGUCUUCCACUCAGGCAUCGAGAUUUAUGGCAGAGAGUUUGCAUACGGGGGUCAUCCGUACCCUUUCAGCGGCAUCUUCGAAAUCAACCCCGGCAACGCGGCCGAGCUGGGCGAGACCUUCAAAUUCAAGGAGGCCAUUGUUUUGGGCACCACAGACUUCACAGAGGAGGACAUCGACAAAAUCAUGGAGGAGCUUGGUAAAGAGUUCAAAGGGAACGCCUACCAUCUAAUGCAUAAAAACUGCAACCACUUCUCCUCCUCGCUGUCUGAGCUGCUGUGUGGACGGGAGAUCCCUCGCUGGGUCAACAGACUGGCCUACUUCAGCUCCUGCAUUCCGUUCCUGCAGAGCUGCCUGCCCAAGGAGUGGCUGACCCCGGCCGCCCUGCAGAGCCACAUCAGCCUCGGCCUCCACAAGGAGGAGCAGAACGAGUCGAGCGACGAGGACCCCUCGUCCCCGUCCGGCGCCGCCGCCACCGGCUCAGGCUCCUCCCACACCUGUCGCCACACUAGGGUGUGAACUGUCCCUGCAGCGCAUCCACGUGACCUCUGACCCCUCCUGCUGCGGCUGCUAGUGGCUUUAGGCUUGAACAACAGCUGACCUCACACUGUUUGUCCUCCGAGUAGAGAGGCGACACGGAAAGGUCUUGUCUUCAACAGAGAGCUGCUGCCAGAGACGUCGGACCUUCACAGACCCUGCCUGUCUUUUCUACAGAUGACAUGGGGGAACUUUGACCUGAGCGCUACGCACUGAACCGUGGCUCCGACAACAACAACUUGUAAAUCUGAAGUUUAUAGUACGCUAUUAUUAGUCUUUUCCAUUCAAAAUGAAACCUCCGUCAGCCUUGCUCCCUGCCCUGCCUUCAGAGCUGCUUUUGUAGAACAACUAGACCUGAGUCUGCUGAUCGCGACAUAACCAGGAAAGUGCUAAUUUGCUCAGUUUCAAGUUCUCGUUCAACAACCUCUAUGUGGCCUUCUGUUGGUAUUGUUGACUCAGCUAUCUUUACGUGGAACUCAGUAGAUUACCUUAGAGGGUUAAUGAGGAGUUGAUGCUAUCUUGAGUUCUGUGUGAACAAAUGUUGCAUGUUGAAAGUAUAUGAGAUGAAGUUCAUUCAAAUGACAUUAAGUCCUUUUAAUCAUGUUGUCUUUUCCUUUUGUAGACCAGCGAUCUAACCUGAAACUUGUUCUAACACUAGUAAACAAUCAAGGGCAACCCGAUGUCGAUUCACAUCUCAGAGACAUAAAUACAUAAAAGUCAAGCUGCUACUCUGAUACUGAUUACAGUAGUAAGCGCAGUACAGCUGUUGUCUAUACUUUUAUACCCAAGCAGUAUUUAUAAUGCCACAAAGGGAUAACGUAAGAAAUACAUUUACACCCACAGAUCGUGUCAGGGUGAAACUGAUCUAAUCACCUCUUUGUCAUUAAACCAAGCAAGGCUGAUCUGCCACGACAAGGGCAGCUCAGUGAUGCACUUUAAAUUGGUGUAAUUCUUAAAGAGAUAGUUUGACAUUUAGAAAAGGAAAUACUCUUAUUUAGUCAAUCAAACGUAGUCUAUGUAAUGAAUGUGAAGCCAUAGCCAUCUAGCUUAAUUUAGUAUUAGGACACAAUGGGUGCAGUGAGAAUUAAAAACAUUAGUGUGUAAAACUGUCAACUUUUCCUUUGGGACCUUUUGUCAAUGUCUGAUUCAUUUUUACUGUCUGAAGUGUUCUAUGUGAACACAUGAAGCAUUCUAACAACAGAACACACUUUUCACUUUUUAUUUUGAAGCUUUGGAAUUUGUUGCAGGGAGACAUUAGAUUAUUAUAAAAGGAAAAAAUAUGAUGUUGCAAAAUUCCUUCUGUUCACCAUGGAUUUAACAGACAACCCCAUUAAUGACUAUUCCCCACUGUGUUACUAGGUAAGAUCGGUGAAGAUCCUGCUGUAGUGUGUUCAUAGACAGCUUUCUCAGGAAGCAACCAACUUAAUUUCAGUUGCCUAAUUUCCACUGACACCAUCGUAAAAGAGGGGACAGUGUAAAUUCAUGAUCUAGAUUUUUGUUUGUGUUCUUUAUUGAGUUAUAUCCUCAUUACAUUUCACCAAGUGAAUCGCUCGCGUUCACAUUCUUUAGGUAUAUUUUGAGGCGAUGGAAGCUGUACAGUGAUCAGUAUUUCAUGCUAAAGUCUUUCGCACUUUCUACAGAGCAGAGCAGACAGGUAUUUUUUCUAUUGUACUGUGUCACACCUAACCUUGUACUUCCCUGAGUUAACCCAAGAUCAGUUCAUGAAUGAUGAUAUAGUACUAGAAUAAAGAGAUGAAAUAAGCAACAA